AAGCCCCCUCCUGGUUUUUCCACCCACGGGUAAAGCACCAGGACGUCCGGUGUGGUGGUGGCAGCGAGCAGCAAAAGCAGCAAGAGCUCGUUUUGAUUCCCCCCCCCUUCCAAGGUGCUUUGGAGAGACUGGUUUCAGGCUGAGCAGCAGAAGUCACGAUGAGUGCACAAGGUGAGGGACCCGGUCAGCCUUCCACUGCUGCCCAGGAGCAACCUGCAACCGCAGAGCCUCAGAAGAGAGGACGAGGCAGACCCAGGAAACAACCACAAGAACCAACUGGUGAACCAUCUCCUAAAAGACCAAGAGGAAGACCUAAGGGAAGCAAAAACAAGAGUCCCUCUAAAGCAGCUCAGAAGAAAGCAGAAGCCACUGGUGAAAAGCGACCUAGAGGCCGGCCCAGGAAAUGGUGUCCUAGGCGGGACCUUUUGGCCUCCGUCCAGUUGGGUAGCCCCAGCCUCAACAAGUGGUUCAAAAGAAGCCUGCUCAGGAAGAGACUGAAGAAACGUCCUCACAAGAAUCUGCAGAAGAAGACUAGGAGAUCACACCAUGCAAUUUCUACCUCAUCAGCAGCUGGGUCUUUUGAAGGGAGAAGACACUGCCUUGACCACUUACUUUCUAUUGCCAUGGUCUUUCCACUUUUGCCUGGGGGGAAAAAAAAUCACAUAACCUUAAAAAGGAUUUGACUAAUCAUCUUCUUUGUAAUCCCUUCACAGUCCCAGGUCUAGUGAAAAACUGCUGUAACACAAAGGGGACACAGAUUAACGAUGCAACUUUUAAUUACUGUUUUCUUUUUUCCUAACCUACUAAUAGUUUGAGCUGCUAAGUAAGGGUGACUGGGUCAAGAAGAGCUCCAAAUCAGGUUUAUGUCAUUCACUGCACUGCGUAUAAACAAGAAACUUGUAAAAUAGUCAUUAUAAUGGGCAUUGAAAUAGGAAAGGCUGUGUGUAUAACACUUACGCCUUGCAACACUUCCAGCAACCCACUCCCUACUUAGUGAACUCCCUGUUUUAGAACACCAAAGAUAUGGGAUAGAUACUAUUCUUUUUCUUUUGUAACCUUCUUGUAGACUUGUACUUGAUUUUUUUUUUUUACGACUUACUAUUAUUUGGGGAAAAACAAAAUGAAAGCUGAUCUUUCAUUUUGUUCAGCUGGUAAUCAGAAGAAAGAAAUCAACAUGAAAAAGGUACUUUCAUUUUGCAAAAGGGAAGAAAGACAAAGAUACGUUGUAUAGUUAUAGAUACAAACAUAUCAGCACAAGCAGUAGUAAACCAAAUUAACAGUACUUAUCAUCUUGAUAAUAGGAAGCCAGGAACGUGGCUUUCUUAGAGCCAGGAGUUUUCUAUAGAAACAAAAAUUACUGACACCACUUUUAUGCCAUUAAUAAGUAAGUCUUUAUUGAUAAAAGUCUUUUAAAACACACAGAAAGAUACCUAGAAAUUAAUUGUAAAUUUAUCUGAACAAAAAAAAAAUCCAGAUUUUUGCUUAGUUUCUAAUUCUACUUGCCCUGUACCAGUAUUUUGAAAGAAUUGAAUCUUUCCUCAUUACUCAUCAGUCACAAUGUAAGAAUGAACACCAUGUACCUCAGCUAAGCUCAUGCAUUACAUUAAGCAAUGUAUUUUGACAUAGGAUGGUUCACUGAGCAUUUCUGUGCCAGUGGCAUUUCUCCAUCUUUUCAUUCAGAGCAGCACUUUUAGCACCAAAUGCAAUAUUACCCCACUAUUCAAUACUACCUCUGAUUUUUACAAAUAACUCAACAGACUGAUAAAUACAUGCUGCUAUACACAUUCAGUGCAGGAAAUUUUUACUGGGUAGAUAAUCAUGAGUAUCUGCAUUUUCCCCUUUUUUCUAUUUCAACAUUUUUUUCAGUUAAGGAAACAAU